AUAGAUUCACAGCUGAUCAGGCCAUUCGUCUCUUUAAAUCAUUUUCUUGCCUGAAUUUGGCAGAGCAUUACCAAAAUGAAUCCCGUCUACUUUUUAGCGCUACUAAGCUUGUUAAUGCCAUACGUCCUUGCAGAUACACCUGCAAAUUGUACGUACGAAGAUAUUCGAGGAAUAUGGACGUUCAGCGAGGGCGAAAGAAGUGGAAAUAGCGAUAUCGAUUGCUCCAAAUUCGAUGGUCCCACAGUUCACUCUCAAAAACUUGAACUGCUUUUUCCAAAUGUUGCAGUUGAUGAGUAUGGAAAUAAAGGAUAUUGGACAAUAAUAUAUAAUCAAGGAUUUGAGGUGGUAAUCAAUUACAGAAAAUAUUUUGCAUUUUCUAAAUAUACGGACGAUUCAGGAAAUGUCACCAGUUAUUGCGAUACUGUAUUUCCCGGAUGGAGUCAUGAUGUAUUAGGAAAAAACUGGGCUUGCUAUAAUGCUAAGAAAGUUUCACCAGCAGUAGGACCUAAAGUACAUUAUGAGAAAACUUUUGAUUUUGGAGGUGUAUUCAUCCAAGAUAAGAAUUUUGUAAAAGAAAUAAACAAAGCUCAGAAAUCAUGGAUUGCUACUGUUUACCCAGAGCUGGAUGGUAUGCCCAUGUCAAGUUUUAUUCGACGAGUUGGAGGGCUGAAAUCUCGUUUUCACAAGAGCCCGCAAAUCAAAUCCCAUUUUCCAAAGAGAUUCUUUAAGCAACUGCCUGAAGAAUUCGAUUGGAGGAAUGUCAGUGGAAUUAAUUAUGUAUCUCCGAUUCGUAAUCAAGCUAAUUGUGGAAGUUGCUAUGCAUUUGCAUCAAUGGGCAUGCUCGAAUCCCGCUUAAGAAUUGCUACAAACAACAAAGUUCAAGUUGUAUUUUCUCCACAAGAAAUCGUCAGUUGUUCAGAAUAUUCUCAAGGUUGUGAAGGUGGCUUCCCAUACUUAAUUGCUGGAAAAUAUGCUCAAGAUUUCGGUGUUGUUCCAGAUCAAUGUGAUCCGUAUACCGGAGAAGAUGAUAAAUGUGUGGAAAAGAAAUGCAAGAGAUUUUAUGUAGCUGAUUACAAAUACGUUGGAGGAUUUUAUGGAGGGUGUAAUGAGGAUCUCAUGAAAUUGGAAUUGGUUUUGCAUGGUCCUAUUACAGUUGGAUUCGAAGUAUACCCCGACUUCGUACACUACAAAGGUGGUAUCUAUUAUCACACAGGCCUUCAGUCCGGAUUUAACCCUUUCCUUGAAACUAAUCAUGCAGUAGUUCUUGUGGGUUAUGGAGUAGAUAAGCAAACUGAUCAAAAGUAUUGGAUCGUAAAGAAUAGUUGGGGUACCGGAUGGGGUGAAGACGGAUACUUUCGAAUACGUCGUGGCUCGAAUGAAUGUAACAUAGAGAGUACUGCCGUUGCUGCUACAAUUAUCCCAUGAACACUGCGAGGAUUAUACACAGGACGAAAGUCAUGAAUUUUUCUACUUAUCUUGUUACUUAAUAAGAUUAGAAAUUGAACGUCUUCAUUCAUAUUUAUAAUAAAGUGUAUUUAAAAAUUAUACUUUUUAUAAACACUUUAUAUUUAUAAUAAAGCGUUUAUAAAAAGUAUAAUUUUAAAAUUAUUUUUAAUAGUCAUUCUUUUCUUUAAUUAAUUUUAUAAUGGUAGAGAUUCGGCUGCGCUACAAAUGACAUCUACUUAGAACGAUUGCAUAGUCCAUACGAACAACUGCAGAUAUCUGAACAUUUCACAAUGCCAGAGUCAAGACUAGCAUUAAGUAGAUGAGUGGAUGCAAGACAGAGUAUAUAACAGAAGCAAGAAUAGCCUUAAAAUUGUAAAUAAAAGAUAAAUAAAAUGGUUUCCGCCUUUGAUUAACCUUAA